AUGGUUUCAGGGCUAUUAGCUUCAUCUUCCCUCCUCUUUUACAUCCUUCUUCAUGCAUGCUUCAUUUUACUUGCCUCAAAUACCACUUUUGGCUUCGCAAAUGAGACAGACAAUCAAGCCUUACUAGCCAUCAAGAAUCAAAUUGCUGAAGACCCUUUCCAGGUCUUUUCAUGGAAUGAUUCUAUCCAGUUCUGUAACUGGAAAGGAGUCACAUGUAGUCGUCAGCAUCAUCAGAGGGUGACCGUCCUAAACUUGUCUUCCCUGGAAUUAGUUGGUUCCUUGUCUCCUCAUAUAGGAAACCUAACCUUCCUUAGAGAGAUCUAUCUUGAGAACAACAACUUGCAUGACACUAUCCCCCAAGAAAUUGGCCGAUUGUUUCGCCUACAAAAUAUUUCGCUUGGCAACAACUUCUUCCAAGGUGAGUUCCCUAUCAAUUUGACUCGUUGCUUAGGCCUCAGAGUCAUCAAUUUAGCUUGGAACAAUCUUGUAGGAAGAAUUCCUAUCGAACUAGGAUCAUUUACUAAUCUUUUACUAUUGGAUCUUACUAAAAAUCAUUUCAUUGGCAACAUACCACCUUCACUGGGUAACCUCUCCUCUCUUCGCGUACUUCUUCUUGACUAUAACAAUCUAGAGGGAAGCAUUCCUUUUGAACUUGGAAAGCUUUCCAACUUAGUUUUUUCAAUUGAGUUCCAACAAUUUGUCCGGAAUGAUUCCUACCCAGCUUUACAAUAUCUCGUCCAUCUAUUUCUUUGCUCUAGUGGGUCUGUACCAAUGAAUUUGGGUAGCCUUCUAGAUCUGAAAUGGCUAAAUAUUAACAAUAACCGCUUUGGAAAUGAAAAAGCCAAUACCUUGAGCUUCCUAGAUUCAUUAACCAACUGUACAAAUCUAGGAUUUCUAGAUUUAGGUGGGAAUUACUUUGGGGGUGUAUUGCCCAAUUCAAUUGCAAAUCUAUCCACCAAUCUCACAAUACUGCAGAUAAGUCAAAACUACCUAUCUGGAAGCAUACCGCGAGGAAUUGAGAAUCUCGUCAACUUAAAGCUUUUAGCCUUAGAUGGGAAUAUGUUCACAGGCAGUAUUCCUGAAUCAAUUGGGAAACUUUCUGAGUUGGAACAACUCUUCAUUUCUGCAAAUAACAUCUCAGGAAAAAUUCCAUCAUCUAUUGGCAACAUGUCUCGAUUGAGUAUUCUUGGUUUAGGAUGA